AUGACUGCAGUUGGAAGAGGCCGGCAUGACUUACUUGUCAAGCAAGAAACGAAAGUACAGACAGGGUUUUUCAAGAGCAGCAAGAAGCAGCACCCCAUGUUUCCCUUCUCUGAGGAAAAAGUUAAAUUUGAUGAAUAUGGUGAGAUUAUUAGAUCAGAGGACUACAAGAUGGUUGACUCUAAUCCUGAAGCAGAAGAUAACAAGGAGAAUGUUGAAAUUAAGGAAGAGGAAGUAACAGUGGACAUCACUGAAGUGCCUACGAAGUGUGUGUCAUCUGUACGCCAAGUGCAUGUUGUAGCACAAGUCCAGUUCAUCGAUUUUGAGGGUCGCUCAGAUGGUGAAAGUUUGCAAAAAAUCUUAGGCCAAUUGAAACCACGUCGAUUAAUCCUUGUGCGAGGAAACACAGAAGGAGUACAGAUGCUACAAAAUGCAUGUAGACACUGGGGACCAGCUCGUGUAUUUGCACCUCAAUGUGGAGAAAUUGUUGAUGCCACAACAGAGACACACAUAUAUCAGGUUCGGCUGACAGAUGCUCUUGUUUCAUCGCUCCAACUGAAACGCGGAAAAGAUGCAGAGCUAGCAUGGAUAGAUACUCACAUAACUACAAGAGAAGCUUCAAAGGAUGUAAAACCUGUAGAUGCAGAUACAGAGAAAGACGAAAAGGACGAUGACCAGAUAUAUACACUGAAACCGUUGCCUCUCAAUCAGAUCUCAGGUCACCAAACAGCAUUCAUCAAUGAAUUAAAGCUUUCUGAUUUCAAGCAAGUGCUCACAAAGGCCAAUAUCAGCUCUGAAAUAUCUGGAGGUGUUCUCUGGUGCUGUAAUGGAACAGUGGCUGUGCGAAGGCAUGACACUGGCAGAGUCACCUUAGAAGGCUGUUUAUCAGAAGACUAUUACAAUGUCCGAGACUUACUCUAUGAGCAGUAUGCCAUUGUCUGA